CGUCGUCCUGCGAACAAAACGUUUAGUUCCGAGUUCACGAAACACGCAAAAAUUAUUGUUAUUAUUAUCACCAUAAAGAAGUUUACAAAACACAGAACGAAUACAUCAUGAAAUCUUUGACGUUAAUCCUGUUAGUAGGUCUGGCCGUCGCGUUGGUGUCGGUGAAUGGAAGUCCGGCCGGCGACAAGAAGAUAGGCACCAGCCAUAAGUUGAAGACGACCAGCACAACGACAACGAUUUCGCCAGCCCGCAAAUGCAAACCGUGCCCGGACAAUUACAACCCAGUUUGCGGAUCUGAUGGGGCCAAAGUGAACUUGAGCUUCGGCAACAAGUGCGUGAUGGAGAAAUACAACUGCGAGCACAAUGCAAAACUCACGGUGAAAUUGGAGUCCGAAUGCCCGAACAGCAAAGGCAUCCGUCUUGCUUAACUGAACACACACGUCCUAAUCAACAGCACUAUUAAAUAUAUAAAAUAAAUAAAAAAAAAAAAUGUUUAUAUAUUUAUCGGCAAACAGCACAAGAAGACAUCGGUGAAGAUAAUAUACAGAUCGAAAGAAAAUUCGUCAAUAUAUUUUUUACUUUUUUCACGACCACCGUCCACACACGUACACCACAAGCGGAUAUUAGGUUUAAACCACUACGCACGCACACGUAAACACAACACAAUAAUAUGUCUACGUUAUUUUAAUAUUAUAUUAUUCGGCUACUUUAAAAUCGCUUA